AUGAAUGUAAUGCCGAUGAAUUCAGCUCCUUCGAUGCCUCUCAAUCUCGUCUUGACCGAACAGAUUCAGAAGGUACAACUCUCGCUGCUCAAAUUCUUGCUGCUGUCUCUUUCUAUUCCUAUGGACAUGUCGAAAUCAUAUCGAGAAUUGUUAUAUAGGCUUCAAAGGCUGUAUUUGGAUGAGAACAAAAACUUGAUCAUGGCUAUACUGGAAAGUCAGAACACGGGAAAAGUGACCGAAUGUGCUCAGUAUCAAGCAAUCCUUCAGAAGAACUUAAUGUAUUUAGCUGCGAUUGCUAAUGCCAGCUUCCUGGAUCCGGAACAAUAUCCCAGUUCAGUUCCACAAGCCCAAAUGCAGGCCCAACAUGGUGGGCCCAUUCCCAAGGUGCCGUUCCAGCUCAAUGCAGUGAAGCCUCAAGACCAACAUUUUCAACAUAUACAAGGGCAAUUUAGUGGUGCUAAUAAUAAUGGUAUGCAUUUUCUCAUGCAACCUGGGCUGGGAGGUUCAGGUGGAGGUUCUCGAGAGGGCCAUGGGAGUUUGGGCUUGGGACAUGUGGAGGGUAGAGAUUGA